UUUUCUGAUCCGUUCUUCAUCAUCUUACAAGCAAAAAAAGGAAGAAGAAGAAGAACAAAGAGAAAAAUACAAGAUGGGAAGAGGUAAAAUAGAGAUCAAGAGGAUUGAGAACUCAAGUAACAGGCAGGUGACUUACUCAAAGAGAAGGAAUGGUAUCAUGAAGAAAGCUAAAGAGAUUACUGUUCUUUGUGAUGCCAAAGUUUCUCUCAUCAUCUUUGCUAGUUCUGGGAAGAUGCAUGAAUAUUGCAGCCCUUCAACCGAGUUGAUUAGUAUUCUGGACGAGUAUCAGAGAGCUUCUGGGAAAAAGCUGUGGGAUUUUUUUUUUGUUAUAAACAAAAAUUCACUGCAGAAUCUCAGCAAUGAAGUAGAUGGAAUCAAGAAAGAGAAUGACAACAUGCAGAUUGAACUCAGGCAUUUGAAAGGAGAGGAUAUCACAUCUUUGCCUUACAAUGAGCUGAUGGCCUUAGAGGAUGCCCUUGAGACUUGUCUCACCUGUGUCCGUGCCAAGCAGAUGGAUGUUAUUGAUAUGGAAAGGAAAAAUAUGAAAUUCUUGGAGGGUGACAAUAAGCAGCUGAAUUUCAUUAUGAAUCAACAUCAAACGUCAAACCACACGAGAUUGCAGAUGGAUCACCAGGGAUACCAUCGAGCAGCUCGCGCAGCAGCAGACUACAACUCACAGAUGCCUUUCGCGUUCCGAGUGCAGCCGAUGCAACCUAACUUACAAGGGAGUUGA